UGAGCACACACUGGUGAUUUCCUGCUGAAGUUUAAGCAACAGCAUCUGUGGUUUUUCAUUACCACACAAGUUUCUGUGCAGCUGUUUACCGUCACUCUGGAUGCUGAAAUGGGAACAAAUUGCAGUACUUCUCCAAAGACCGUAGACUGUCUGUAUGACAUCGCCAGCAAUGCAGGUGUAGCUCCUGAUGCCUCUCUGGAUGCCUCCCUGGCCUCUCUGCUGUCCCUGAACUCCUCCUGGGCUCUGGAACAGCAGUACUCCACCCUGCAGAGGGGUAUGACCCAGUCACAGAGGUUUGACUUCAACCGUGACCUCCGCACCCUCUUCAGAGGAAACACCACGGUGAGUUACGGAGGCGUGGGUGUGGUUGCCCUGGCCCUUUCAGUCCUGUUUGAGAUGCUAGCCCAUCACCAGACCACAGGGUUGGGCUCAAGCAGCCCUGAGGCACGACUCCCGCCGCCGGACCCCAUACGCAGAAUGUUUGGGACUGAUGCAGGGUCGGACAUCAGCUCCAUUGCCAGCGAGCUCCUCAAACAGAUUCCUGGUGCAGCCAAUGACCAUGACAAGAUGGCAGCAUUGCUGGAGAGUUACGAGGGAAAGCUGCAAUCCAAGCUGCUGGAGCUGUAUGAGAGGAUGGUGUCUCUGGAGAGGACUGCAGUCAGCUCUGCUGGGGUCGGCUUCGUCUGCGAUACAAAGCAGAAUCUACAAAUAAUAUCAACAAUGGUGAAGCAAUGGAUGAACGGAGCUGCUCUCCACAUCCACACCUUCCUCCACUGGAAGCGUCUGACCAACUCAUCAGCUGAAGAAGUCUUAAGUCUGCAAUACCUGCAUCGUGUUGAGCCUCUGCUAAAGACCUACAGAGAAUAUUUACUCAGAAAGGUUAAAGUGUAUCCAGCCUUGAAUCCUGGUUCCAGUGGACUGCUGAUAGUAGAGCCUCUGAGAAACGUGACCCAUGGGGUUCACCAUAAAGCCUGCGAGCGUAGAGCCAUCCAACAGGCUCUCGUGGAGCGCUUCCUGUCGGACCAGAAUCUGCAGAGGGGAAAGCAGUUCUUCCAGAGCUCCCACGAGCACCAUGAUGAUCUGAUGGCACAGCAAAGACACUUUCAAUUGAGCAUGUUAUAAGAAAAAAAAAAACAGUUGCCUGUAGAUUAAUUUACCACCUAAUGUCACCCUGGUUUGGUGGAGGUGAUUUCUUUUUUACUCUCUCCAAAAUCACAGAAUUGGAUGUGUUUGUCUGCUUUAAUAUAAACUUAAAAUCUAAGCACAGACAGCUACCUAGCUUACUACAAUAGUAAGCUAGUCCGGCAUUAUUUCCAAAGUCAGGGGGAAUGUCAUACUAUAUGACAUUGUGAGUUUACAGGUUACAUUAAAAAAGCCCCGUUCAUAACUAGUGCAUCCACUGUGUAAUAUUUUCACACUGUCCUGGAUGCUACAAUAUCUGAGUGUAGUUUGGCAUUGACUCCUCUGUUCUUUUUUACUGAAUCUAUUUUCAAGAAACCUCCACCAAGGUCAUAAGCUGAGAUAGCAUCACCAAAAUAAAAUAUUAACAAUAAAGCAUGAAUCUACCCUU